AUGCCUCACAAACAUAAGAAAAGCAAUGUCCACAAGAACGGCGCUCUAAAAGUAGAGCAAAAGGAUAUUCUUUCUGAUACCCCCGGUGCCCUCCCUGCCACUAAUUACAAAGAAAUUCAUAAGAAUGAGGCAGAUGCCUUGCGCUCAAUCUACUCAACGGACUUUGACGAUGUAGAAGUUCGAGAAGCAGCUUGGCAUCAAGCGUCUGAAGUAUCCUUCAAAUUAUGUCUAAGGGCGUCCUCCGACCCGGAUGUGCGAGUUGAUUUGUUCGUUUCGUUACCUGCCACAUAUCCAAAAACAGUCCCGAACUUGGCCAUCAAAGGCCUCGAUGACCUGCGGAAGGGAGCCAAAUCUAGGAUCAUGGAUGUUAUUGAGACGAAACCGAAGACUCUCCUUGGGUCGGAAAUGAUUUACGAACUUGCAUUAUCAAUCCAGAAUAUUCUUGAAGAUGUCGCAUUGUCUCAAGCCGAGGACAAAGAUAUUCCAAGUCUAGAAGAGGAACGUAUAGUCCAAGAAGCCGCAGCAAUCCAGCAGGCCGAGGAACGAAAGAAAGAAGAGCUGAGGAAGCAGGAACAAGCCGCUGCGGAAGAAGAAAAAGCUUUACAAAUACUACUCGAGAGCAAAAUCAAGCAGAAGCAAAGAGCCAAAGAACAAUUUUCGCGGCGGAGAAGUAAGGGAAUGCUUGAGGGAGUUGAAUCACUUAGCCCAUCUGAGGAUAGUUCUGGUGCCGUCUCGUUCGAACCUCCGUUGGUAAUGAACGACUCCAAUGGACGACUCAUUAACUUCCGGUCGGUGGUCGGGAAGAUGCUGAUUGGAAGCUCCCCGCACAAGGAGACAUUUACGGUGCGGCCCCGAGCUUCUGGCGAUGGAUUUCGUGCCCCAUUGCUCGUCCUCAAGGAGUUAUUUCUUCGUGAGAAGGACGCAGGCCACCGUGACCUUCGUCAAGAAAUAAGGUCUUGCGAAGAGAAGCUCGAAAUCCUAAAACGACUUAGACAUCCGAACCUAGUUGAUUUUAUUGGGUUUAAGAUAUAUCGUUCCCUCGAUACAGAGGCUUCCCAUGAGAGCACCUGGCAUAUAUACACCCUUUUCGAGUAUGCCAACAAAGGGUCGCUCUCAGAGCUCCUUGAUAUUGUCGGGAGCGUGGCUGAUAACACUACCAGGGCCUGGAUGAUCCAAUUACUUGAGGCGGUAGAGUUCUAUCAUCGACAUGGAAUCGUCCACGGCAAUGUUCACAGUGGAAGAGUGCUAUUAUUCAGAAACCGGAGCAGCAGCACCGUAGUCAAGCUCCUGAGUGGCGUAGAGGAAUCUCUGCCAGUCCCAUCUGGAGCGAAACGAACCCUUGCUUCCUCGCAAUCUCCGUUCUGGAUACCACCAGAACUCACACAGGAAGGUUCGAGUCCGAGCACCAAAACUGAUGUGUGGGAUUUGGGAAUAGUUUUUCUCCAGAUGAGUUUUGGCAAGGACGUGAUGCAGCGGUAUACAUCUGCAAAUGCACUGAUGAACGCGAUAGACCUUUCCACUCCUUUAGAGGAAAUUCUCAGGGAGAUUUUCAAACCUGACCCCAAAAAACGCCCAACCGCGUUUCAGAUCAAACCUUUCGAAUUCUUUCGAAGUGAUGCCCCGUUCGUGGACGUGUCUGUAGCAUCUAAUUCACAGCCUUUACAACGGCAGACCAGGCUUGAUUCUCAUGGGGUCUUGCCUUCGUUUUCUCGGUAUGGACAGGAUUUUGAUGAAGCCGGGCGUUUGGGCAAGGGAGGCUUCGGUCAAGUGGUGAAGGCACGCAAUAAGCUUGAUGGAGGAUUUUACGCGAUCAAGAAGAUAUCUUCCAAAUCUGGAAUUGCCCUGAAGCACACGUUAUCCGAAAUUAUGUUGCUCUCCAGGCUCAAUCAUCCAUAUGUUGUCCGUUAUUUCACUGCCUGGCUCGAGCGAGACUAUAGUACUGCUGAUGAGGAGGCGGUAUCGUCUACCGAGGAAAAUUCGCAUCACUCUGGGGAACGGCGAUAUCCUGAGAUCGAGUUCGGAUAUGAUAGCGAUGAACAGGCUGAUGCUGAAGCGGAUUCGGAGCAAUUCGGGAACCAAAGGCAACAAAGCUCAUCGAAAGCAGAUGAGGGACAAAACAUCGAACGGCGGACGUCCGGAUCAUCGUUUCAACAAGUUACCACUACUCUUUAUAUUCAGAUGGAAUACUGUGAGAAGCACACACUUCGCGAUUUAAUCAGGAACGGAUUACAUGACGAUAUUGAGUCCUCUUGGAGAUUAUUUCGGCAGAUCUUGGAUGGGCUAAGCCAUAUCCAUAGUCAUGGUAUAAUUCACAGGGAUCUAAAGCCAGAUAAUAUAUUUAUUGAUAUUGCGAAUAAUCCCCGUAUCGGCGACUUCGGUCUGGCUACAACCGGUCAAUUCACAACAGCAUUUAGGUCAUCCAACACCACAGAUAUCGGAGGCGAGUAUACCCGGAGUAUUGGAACCACGUAUUAUGUCGCUCCAGAAAUGAAAUCUGUGUCAGUUGACCAUUACAAUGAGAAGGUUGACAUGUACUCUUUUGGUAUAAUAUUCUUCGAAAUGUGCCAUCCUCUCAAGACGGCCAUGGAGCGUGAUCACACCUUAAAAGCAGUUAGGGAAAAGGUCCACACUCUUCCAGCAACUUUUGAGUUGCCUGAGAAGGCUGUACAAGGUGAAAUAAUUGAAUCCCUGUUGAGCCAUCGUCCAAGUGAACGACCGACAGCAGCAGAGCUUCUCCAGAGUGGGAAAAUUCCUCUGCAAGUUGAAGAAGAAAUGUUUCGAAAAGCCAUUAUGGGAAUUUUGUCAGACCCUAACUCUCCGGACUACAAGAAAAUCCUAUCAGCCAUUUUCUCCCAACGCCCCAGAAAAUUUGAAGAUAUCGCAUGGGAUAUGGAUUCUCGUAGGACACCACCAGUCUCUGAGGUAUUGCUUCAUAGCUUGGUUAAGGAAAAAUUGACAUCGAUAUUUCGUAAGCACGGGGCGGUGGAGACGACGAGGAGUUUGUUAUUUCCACGCUCUGAGCACUACCCUUCCGGUGUUGUUCGCCUUUUGGAUCCUGCAGGGAACCUAGUUCAACUGCCAUACGAUCUUACUCUUCCAAACGCACGUUCCAUUUCUAGAUUAGACUCGUCCAUUGAGAAGACUUUCACUUUUGGAACGGUCUACCGCGAGUCCAUACACGGAGGGGCGCCUCGUUGCCACCAAGAAGUCGACUUUGACAUGAUAUCUCACAACACGCUAGAUUUGACGUUAAAGGAGGCAGAGGUCAUGAAAGUCAUGGACGAAAUUCUGAAUGAGUUUCCGUCUCUGCGGUCUGUGCCAAUGUGUUUUCACAUCAAUCACUCGGAUCUCUUGGACGCGAUUAUGGCAUUCUGUCGAAUCAGUCCUCAGCAAAAACCAGUCGUGAAGGAAAUUCUUAGCAAGUUGAACGUUGGACCAUACACAAUGCAGAAGAUUCGCAGUGAACUUCGCUCUCCAACUGUCGGAAUCGCCUCUACGUCUAUUGAUGAUCUUUCCCGGUUCGACUUUCGAGAUAGUCCAGAUAAAGCCUUAAAACGACUUCUUGCAAUUAUGGAGGGAACGGAGUAUGCAGACCGUCUCGCUCCCAUAUUCGCUCGCUUAAACGCGGUGGUAUCGUAUUUAAAAGGGUUUCACGUUAAGAGAAAGAUCUACGUGAACCCCCUGAGUAGCCUUAACGACAAAUUUUUCCGGGGGAGUAUUCUCUUCCAGUGUGUUUCUGACACAAAGAGGCGAGAUGUAUUUGCAGCCGGGGGAAGAUAUGACAGUCUCAUUCAAGAAUUCCACCCUAAAGUUCUGUAUGGUACCCAGCGUCAUGCCGUGGGAUUCAACCUUGGAUGGGAAAAGUUAUGUCUGUCAAUGUCAAACCAUUUGAAAGGGUCAAAUAAAGCUUUCCUCAAACACGCAGAGGCAGAGAUUAGUGGAAUUUGGCGGUCGAGACGGUGUGAUGUCCUUGUUGCUAGCUUCGACGCAACGGUCCUUCGCACCGUUGGUGUUGGAGUCAUUCAAGAACUUUGGGCACAUGGGAUUAGUGCUGAACUUUCCGUCGACACCUCCUCUCUGGAAGAAAUCCUCUCACGGUACAGAAAUGACAGUCACAGCUGGGUCGUGAUCGUCAAGCAGGACAGCAUGGAGAGAGGUUUGAAGGUUAAAAAUAUCAGCACUAAAGAAGAGUUUGAAGUGAGAAGCUCUGAGUUGGCGGGAUGGCUUCGAGGCGAAAUCGGUGCGCGUAAUCAGCGCGAGCAUCAAACGGGCACUGGAAAACCGCUAAAGCAUCUGAACCACCAAGAGUGCAGCUUUUCGACCAGAGAAAAAGAUCCAGAUGUAAGGAUUUUGACAGCGUUGCACCGGAAUAAGAAAACAAAUAGGCGAAACAUCAUUGAAACUGCCAUUCGUGAAUCUCGUAACGUGAUGGACAGAGCGCUCGAAGGGCCUAUUGCGGCAAUUGAUACCCGAGACGAAGUUUUGGAGGUCCUACGGCAUACGCGCCUUUCAGACGCUGAUAGCUGGCGUGCUGUUAUUCAGAACGGGCCGUUGACGGAGAGGAAAUAUAUGGCCCAGCUCCAUGAAUUGCUUAAUGACCUCGCUAACGAACGGCGAGAUCCUCAAGAUGGGAAAGAGAAUUAUCGGAAUGCGUUCAUUUACAACUAUCGUACUGGUAGUUGUAUCUACUAUGAUCUCUCACGCAGUAAUGAGAAAUGA